GAGUGGUGUUCCAUUACUUGUAGGGCGUUGGUGGUUUCAAUGGUAUUGUUAUUAUAUAACAUGCUCUUGAUCUCAUCACCACCUGCUGCUGCUGCUACAACUGAGGCACAGGUGGAGGCUGAGGCCGAGGCUCUCCGCAACUCCACUUGGUGGUGGUACAUGGAAAACACUACUUCUCAUCACUGCACAUGGGAAGGCAUCACCUGCAACACGGAGGGACAUGUCGUUCGAAUUACCUAUUCAUAUAUCGAUGGUAAAAUGGUUGAGCUUAGCAAGUUGAAGUUUUCUUCAUUUCCCAGCCUCCUCCAUCUCAACGUUAGCCAUUCUUCCAUGUAUGGUCGCAUCCCAGAUGAGAUAGGUAUGCUUACAAAACUCACUUACCUCCGUAUAUCUGAAUGUGAUGUUCAUGGUGAGCUACCUGUUUCACUGGGUAACCUUACUCUAUUAGAGGAAUUGGAUUUGGCUUAUAACAAUCUCUCUGGUGUCAUCCCUUCCUCUCUUGGAUAUUUGAAGAAUCUUAUUCAUUUGGAUUUGAGUUUUAACUAUGGGCUCUCUGGUGUCAUCCCUUCCUCUCUUGGAUAUUUGAAGAAUCUGAAAUAUUUAGACCUUAGCAUCAAUGAAAUCAAUGGUUCUAUUCCAUACCAAAUUGGGAAUUUGAAGAAUCUUACUCAUUUGUAUUUGGUUUCUAACUCUCUUUCUGGUGUCAUCCCUUCCUCCCUUGCCAAUUUAAGCAAUCUAGAAUACUUAUUCCUUAAUUUCAAUCGAAUUAAUGGUUCCAUCCCUUCUGAAAUCGGGAAUUUAAAGAAUUUGGUUCAACUAUGCUUUAGUCAUAACUCUCUCAUUGGUACUAUUCCUCCCUCUUUGGGUCAUCUUACCAAUUUGACUUAUUUACAUCUCUUCAACAAUCAAAUCCAAGGCGGCAUCCCCUUGUCAUUUGGUCAUCUUACCAAAUUGACAGAUUUGCAUCUUUGUGAUAAUCAAAUCAAUGGUUCUAUCCCUCCUAUAAUUUGGAAUCUGAAGAAUCUAAUCCAUCUUAGGUUGGAUCACAACAAUCUUACUGGUGUUAUUCCUUCAUCUUUGGGUUAUCUCAUUCAUUUAAAUGAGUUCAACAUUAGUGGAAAUCGAAUCAAUGGUCACAUCCCUUCUACGAUAGGAAAUUUGAAUAAUCUAACUAGACUCGACCUUAGUGAUAACUUGAUCCAUGGAAAGAUACCUUCCCAAGUCCAAAACUUGAAGCGCUUAACAUACUUGAAUCUCUCCCACAAUAAACUCUCUGGUUCCAUUCCUACUCUUUUAAUAUAUGACCACAUAAAGCCAUCACUUGAUUUAUCACACAAUGAUUUAGAGGGUCAUAUACCCUUUGAAUUGCAGUCUAAAUUUUCCCAAGGUUCAUUUGACAAUAACAAAGGUUUAUGUGGUGACAUCAAAAGCUUGCCUCAUUGCAAAGAUGAAUACAAAACCACACGCAUCAUUGUUAUUUCUUUGUCUACAACCUUGUUUCUUUUUUUUGUGGUCCUUGGGUUUCUCCUAAUUUCACGGAAGACAAGAAAAAUUCAAACCAAGGAAAUACCAACAAAAAAUGGAGAUAUAUUUUCAGUAUGGAACUAUGAUGGGAAGAUUGCCUAUGAAGAUAUCAUUAAAGCAACAGAAGACUUUGACAUCAAAUAUUGCAUAGGUACAGGAGGCUAUGGCAGUGUUUACAAGGCUCAAUUGCCUACAGGCAAUGUGGUAGCCCUGAAAAAGCUACAUGGAUGGGAAAGAGAUGAGGCAACAUACUUGAAAAGUUUUCAAAAUGAGGUGCAAAUAUUAUCAAAGAUACGCCAUCGAAAUAUUGUAAAACUUCAAGGCUAUUGUCUACACAAAAGAUGCAUGUUUUUUAUUUACAAUUACAUGGGAAGAGGAAGCUUGUAUUGUGUAUUGAGUAAUGAAGUUGAAGCUUUGGAAUUGGAUUGGAUUAAAAGGGUGAAUGUGGUUAAAAGCAUAGUCCAUGCCGUAUGCUACAUGCAUCAUGAUUGUACUCCGCCCAUUAUUCAUAGGGACAUAUCAAGCAAUAAUAUUCUUUUGGACUCCAAGUUGGAUGCUUUUCUAUCAGAUUUUGGCACCGCUAGACUGCUACAUCCUGAUUCAUCUAAUCAAACCCUUCUUGCAGGCACUUAUGGUUACAUAGCACCAGAGCUUGCCUACACUAUGGUUGUGACGGAAAAAUGUGAUGUUUACAGCUUUGGAGUGGUGGCGCUUGAGACAAUGAUGGGAAAGCAUCCAGGAGAACUUUUCACCUUAUUGUCUUUCUCAUCAACUCAAAACAUAAUGCUCACUGAUAUAUUAGAUUCACGUCUCCCAUCUCCUCAAGAUCAACAAGUUGCUAGAGAUGUAGUUCUUGUGGUUUGGUUGGCACUCAAAUGCAUACAUUCUAAUCUGAGAUCUCGUCCAACAAUGCAACACAUCUCAUCAAAGCUUCUUACUCAAUCACCAUUUCUUGGCCCUUUUCAUAGGAUUUCACUUUGGCAAUUGAAUGCUCUAGAAAUAUAAUUAGGUAACUAGCAUGCAGUGAUGAUACCAAUUUUGAUUUGUUUUCAUAUUACUAGUUGUGCUCCAAAUUUUGUUUCAACUUUGUAAUUUUCAUAAGCCAAGAUGAUCUAUUAAUAUAUUUAGAUGGGUGGAUGUUAAAUUGAA